GUUGGCCAAUCAGCAGACUCCGCGCUGCGGGGUCACAGGUCAGGGGUUGCUAAGGGGAGCUGAAGAUGGCGGCGAACGGUCUACGCUGUAAGAAACCCUGAAGCAGAUUUAUGAGGCGGAUCUUACUGAGGAGUUAACCGGCUGUUCUGCUCUCCCAACCGGUUAUCCUUUAAGACUCUUUUCCGGGGGGACUCGGACUGUCAUGGCGCUGCUGCAUGGACUCUUAUGGCGGCUCCUGCUCUUUCUGGUCCACGUCAACAGAGCGCUGGUCUCCUGGCUCCGUGUCCGGCUCCGGAGCGUGCAGGGCCGGCUAUGGGAGCGGGCGAUGGCGGCUCUGCUGCUGCCGUUAGCGUUAGCCGGGUUCCCGGACCAGCAGAAGAAGUUGAACCAUGCUAACCCUGAUGCCAACGCUAACCCGGUGACCGGGAGCCGGGCUGCGUGUCGCCGGGCUCGGUGGCUCUCUGACGGCAGGUCUCUGGAGAAGCUGCCGGUACACAUCGGCCUGCUGAUGGCCGAAGAGGAGCUCAGCUACACGGACACCGCCAACCUGGUGGUGUGGUGUAUGGCUGUGGGUAUUUCUUAUGUCAGCGUCUACGACCAGCAAGGUGAGUUUAUAAACCUAAUAAUACCUGUUCAUUACAUACUUUAAAUACAUGUUAAGUGUCUGUGUUUGAAUUAUCUGCUGGUUCAUCUUCUGUACCAACAUUUAAUGUAAAAUCUUCUAUAAUAUACAGUCACUGUAACUGUAUAUACUGAUGUGGAGCCUUAAAAAUACAGACUCUAUUCUUGAUUUAUGUAUAUUUGCAUUUUUUUGUAUUAUAGUAGGGUAAGUUGAGCCAAAGGGUAAAUUGAGCCACCCCCUGUUUCUUGGAAAUGGUCAAAGAAAUUGAUCAUGUGACCAAAUAUUUAGGAGAUGGGCAUCAAUUCAUGGAGUCUGUGAAAGUUAGAAGCACAUGGGGUUAGACAUUUAUUUCCAAAGAAAUCAUUUUUCACUCUUGAAAGUGAAUUUAGUCUGUCAUAACUUUUAUUAGAAUUGUGUUCAGACCCAAAAAGAUCAUUUUAAAUUAGUUUGAUACAUCAGUUGUGGUAUCUAUGAGCUACAACAUCAGGUCAAAAACCUAGUAUAAGGGUCAAUAAGGUAUAAGGUUUUUAAACAUGCCAAUUUUAAAAUAGCAAAUAUAAGAAUAUAUUUUGCAAAAGUUGAAACACUAAGGAUGUUGUGUAUACAAAAAAAUAUGUUAAAAUUUUAAAUGAGGCAAUUUUAGUUUUUUUUUUUCAUAUAGAUAUAUUAUCAAGACAGUUGUGUUUACACCCAUUCUGUUGGUUUGCAGGGAUGCACAACGUCUUGAAAUAUAUGUAGAUACACUAAUUAGAGACAAAACUAUGAUUGCCUUGAUGUAGUGAUCCGAAAUAUGAAAAAUGUGAAAGACCUUGCCCCACUCUCCCCUAUGUUUAUCCCUGCUGGUAAAGUAUAUCCCUGUUGGAUUCUAACCUGAGGGCAGUAUCAGGCUGUCUUAUUUAAAGCGGACUCUGCCCUCUGAAAAUAUCUACCGGUAACUACAUGUCUGAGAGUAGAUCUGUCUAAUCCAGAAGUGAAACUAUCCUGCUCUCAGCUAUAUGUCUACAGCAGUCCUAUUCUGUAAUAUUCAGGCCAAAGUUAAUGUUGGCUUUCAUGAUCUUUUGCUAUCUCUAAUUCAGGUGGAGGAAUGAUCCUCCCUUAGCAUUAAACACCUCCCCUCCCUUUCCUCUGACUUUUAUUUCACUUCAGUCAUGUGAUAGCAGUAUAUCAGCUUGUUCCACAUUCUGAACUUUAAGUUGUAUAGUAAUGUCUGUGUAUUUGAGGAAGAAGAAACGCACAUGACUAAAUAAAAAAGGCCUUAUUUUUGGACCCAGCCUGUUGGAAGUCUGAUAUAGUGGCAUCUGGUGCACACGUCAUUUAUAUGGCACUAAGUGAGGUUUAUUAUAGCCUCCUCAGGCGAACAGUGUGGUUACUAGGACAUGUAUACUGAUAUAUUGUACAUGCUGGAUCAUAAGAUUGUAAAAUUAAAACUUUAACUUGAAUCAGAGUUUAGCAAACUUUGUCAUUUGUCACACUGAAACUAUAAUAGAUAGCAGAAUGAAAUGCUUAAAAGCUUGCACUUUUAUCUCCACAUAUUAAGACAGAGGGAAACAUUAAACAUGAAAAUGUGUAAAUUAUAAACAUCUAUCCUUUUUUACUUAAGGAAACGAUAUCGGCUUUAUGGAUGAUUUACAGAUGAUAAUUAUAGUAAAAAGGGGGAAUGCACAGUGUUUUUUUUGUAUGUCCUGGUGAUGAGUCUGAUUGUUUUCCUGUGUUUGAACAGUGUGUCAAUGAGAGGGUGGGAAAAAGAUAAGAUGUAGACACCAGUGGAUAUCAGAGGAAACUCACUUCCUAACUCGAAGCAUGUGAAGACCUGUUUUAGCACCGUCUACUUUCUUUUUUCAGUUCUCCUUAUGCAUAUCCAAACUCUUUCAACAGGAAAUAUUUCUGUUUUCUUUGUUAAACCUGUUCUGUCUCUCUCAGGGGAGCUUUCUAAUAGACCAGAAACAAAUAUUUCAGUUUUAAUGCAUCUAAACUAACACUGUAAAAUAACCCAGUGACCAAGCAGUGAGCUCCUGGUGUUGUAUAUGAGCCUAUCAUUCUUUAUAGGAGCUGUUACUGUGAUUGAUUUUCAUUUUAAAUCAUGCAGGAAGGAUGGGGAAUUUCUUAAACCACAACUGAAGAAUCUAAUUCAACAACAUAUAAAACAGAAAUUUCCUUGUAAAUCACAUUAAAAAUCGGCAGCAGCUGACCAAAGUGUUCUACAGCAGUGAGAAGAAACAAUAGAUAAAGCCAAAGGUGUUGUUUUUACAGCGUGCUUCAUUUGUUAUCUGUUUCCCAUCCUCAGGUUUCUUUCAGAAGAAUAACUCCCGUGUUCUGGAGGAGAUUGUGAGGCAGCAGCAGGACCUGUUGGGUGCAGAUGGGUCCAAAUACAGCGUGGAGUUUCUGAGCAAUGGCAGCGACAAACAGCAGCACCAGGGUAGGGAGAAUUUCUCACAGUCUGACCACAGUCUUUCUAGAGGAGGACUCAUAGUUUCUUUACACAUUCAUAAAUGGUGUACGUGCAGUGAGUCAUUUGGACAGAGGGAUGUUUCUUUGUAGAUGAAGUAACUUCCAACUGACUGAAACUACCAGCAAAGAGCAUCUCUAAGAGGUCUGAGUGGUCAGUGUCCUCAGCUGAGCAGCUGACUGUUUGUUUGGGGACAUGCGGGGAGAGUGUGUACGUCCAGAGUGUAUUUGUAACACACCACACAAACCCCCCCGCCUUCCUCUCCCUUCUUAAACAAACAAACAAAAGUGGAUCAGGCGGGGUUUGACCUCUUGUAUUGUGUCGUUGUCUCACCUUACAUCACCCCGCUGCACCUCAGCGUGAGCCCACAUGCAGGGGCGGCUACACCAAAAACAACAGUCAUUUUCAUUUUAGAGGCUCUACUUGAAGAGAAAGACAUAAUCUACAUAUAGCAAAAGCAUAAAAAAACAUUUUGAAACUUUUUUUGUACAAAUACUUUUGCUUUGUCUUGUUGAAACAUGAAGGUCUUUCCUGAAAAAUAAUCAUUGUCUGGAUGGCAGCAAAUGUUGCUCCAAAACCUGUAGAUAUGAAGUCAGCUGUCUAUGACAUGGACACUUCUGAUCCCUACACCAUCAGGGAUGCUGGCUUUUACACUAUUUGCAACAACAAGACCUCUUUAGAGUGGAGGGUGUGGCAUCCUUGACUUCCAAAAACAAUGUCAGAUUUUGAUUCACCAGACAAGGGGACAGUUUUCCGCUCCCUUUUAGUCCAUUUUUAAUGGUAUCUGGUAUUUCUGGAUCAUGUUUAUUUGAGGUUUCCGCUUUUAAUGGUACUCAGCAGUGAUUUCCACCUCAGAGUCAUGUCUGUUUUUAGAGCAGUGCUGCCUGAGGGCUUGAAAAUCAGACAUGGUAAGAGCUACAUCUUUAAGACCUAUUGGGAUGGUGCUCAUGGGAAGUGCAGUCCUCCUGAAGGCAUCAUGACACCACAAACACUGAAGUAAUAGACAUGGACAUUAUCCUGCAGAGAAAGAAAACAAAAAACAGAAUUCACACUUGGUCUGUAGUGGUGGAUUAGGUAGAGUUAGAGGUUAUAAAAGGUUUAAACAGUCAUCAUAAUAGAUUUUGUGGAAAUCCAAACCAAGAGUGGUCUUUCAGCCUGCAGGUGAAACUGCACUUUCAGUUCACCUUCAUCUACAUUGAGUCUCGUCACUGUCCAAGCAGGCUGAGCGAGUUAGUCCAGACCUCUCUCCCUUUCACCAGCAGAGUUUUCAAACUCCUCCCAGAAGAUCCUGAGGGGUUCUCUAGUCGGAUGAGACAUAUAAUCUCCCCGAGUGCCUUCUCCUCAGGGUGUCGUCUCGGUUCGACACGCCUGUAAACCUCCAGGUGAAGAUGUCAAGGAAGAAAAACUCUCCUUCACACACAUGAUCCCCUUACGCUGUUAUAACAAACGAGGCUGCAGUUCUAAAAUAAGUCUGUGGGGGGCAAUAAAUCAGAUUACUGACUUGUAACCUGGUCACCGCAGAGCAGAUUAACACACUCAGAUUAUAACCUGCUUUCUCUGAGUGGACAGGUCGCUGCAGAAACACAAGAAUGAGGAUUAUCACUCACUCAUAUCACAUUGUCUUCUAUUCAGUCUUAUGAGGAUGAAAUGGUGUGAAUAAAGCUGCGGUUUCUUUCUCUAGUUGUAAAAUACUUCUGGAGCUGUAAGAGUCAUAAUGGGGGCUUUGAGACAUUGAUGUGUUAUGAAAAGUUUUGACGUACUUGUAAAAAUAAGAGUGUGAGUUUUAUUAACAGGCAGGAUGACUCAGCGUUAACGCGACCUCUAAAGAUUAAAGAAAAUCCAGAUAUUUCAGCUCCUUUUAAAACUUCUCACACAGACUGUACAUUGUAAACAGCUCAAGGCUUUAUCCUUUGACAAACAACUUUACUAUAAGGUUAGUGUGAAGAGGACACGAGUUAACUUAAAGUAGAACCUGCUCGUUGUGGUUGCUGAAGAGGUGGACAGAUCCCAUGAUUGGAUGAUAAUCUGGCAUUAGCUGUUGAAAAACUGAUGUCUGCUGACCCUGUAUUCACUGUCUGCAGUCUAGAUGUGUUUCUCAUGAAUGACCUGAAACUGAAGGAAAGAAGGAUCAUGUUCCUCUGGAGGUGUCAUUUUUGUUUCAGAAGACAAAAGUCAGAAUCCGAAACUGACAGAGAAACCACAUCCUGCCUCACACAGAUUCAGCACUGAUACAACCUGAACUGGUCUUGACCUGGAUUAAUUCUUAUGUGAUGCUCCAAAGACUUACUCUAGUUUGGGAGUUGUCCUGCUGUUUUUUUUUUUUACCCAAGCUUUAAUUUUCAAUAAUAACAGACCUAACUGACAAAUACAUACAAAAAGCGGCACCUGUAAUUAGGGCAAAUUUUAGCCCGUUUGAGACUAAUCGGUUAUCGGCCAAAACUCGCCGAUUUUCGCUGAUAUUUUCAGAAAUAAAAUGCGGAGAAUAAGAUUCGGUUUCACUUCGAGAAUGUUCUGCCAUUUGAAAAGUUCCCCAACUUAUCCUGUAGAUGGCGCAGUGACCUCAUGACAAUCUUCAUCCACUAACUACCUCACAGCACAGCAGAGUGACGGAUCUGAAGCAGGCAGCUCAGGGACGCACGGAGGAGAGUGGUCCGCCUCAACAGUUAAACUAGUUUGUGAAAUACACAAUAAGUCAACAAGUUUCAGUUCAACCCACUUCACGAUGUUCCCCACUGUGCUGGUCUCGGUCACACCGAGUUAACGGUGAAGCACCGUGUAAUAUGCAAGCUAAAGUUAGAGUUAGCCACCUGCUAUUAGCCUUGCUAAACUGUUAGCCGUGCCAGUAACGGUAGAAUAAACAACAGUAUAUAUUACGUGAUGGAGCUACUUCUCUUACUGAGGCAGCUGCAUGUCUCCAGAUGAGACCGGACCAGAAAUGAGUAAGCCAGCAUCCCUGGCAGUAUGGGGAUCAGAAGUGUCCAUGUCAUGGGUAGCUUCCAUAUUAGUAAAAGCUCCUUAAUGUCGAACAAUAUCUACAGGUUUUGGAGUAACAUCUGCUGCCAUCCAGACAAUAACUUUCAGGGAAGACCUUCAUAUCCCAGCAAGACUAUGACAAACCACAUUCUUCAUGUAUUACAACUGCAUGGCUUAACUGGCCUGCAUGCAUUUGCUAUAACUUAAGUCUUUAAAAUGAUUGUGUUUGGUGUGUGUGUAAAAUGUUAGUAUGUGUAUUUCUCUUCUCUCUCUCUUAGUGUUGUCGUUGCGGUCCACGGUGAAGCUGCUGUGUCCUGAUGACGGGAAGCAGAGCAUUGUGCAGGUGGCUCAGCAGCUGUGUCGCUCUGUGGAGAACAAAGAGAGGAGCUCCAAAGAUAUAAGUGUCAGCAUGCUGGACUCUCUGCUUAGAGGUACCUCCUCAUAACUCCUCAUCAUCAUAACUCUGAAUCUAUCAGACUCUCUGUCGGCUCUGUGAACAUACAUGUGAAUGAACACGUGUCCUCUAUGUUUCAGAGUCUAAAAACGUCCCGGACCCUGAGCUGGUGGUGAAGUUUGGUCCUGUAGACAGCACACUGGGUUUCCUGCCUUGGCACAUCAGACUCACUGAGUUCAUGUAAGUGUGUUUGUGUAAAUGUGUGUGUGUGUGUGUUUGAGUUUGACCCAGAUCAGCACAGAUAACACAAACCUUCAGCUUCACUUUAUAGCAGGUCCCACUGAGCAAUAGACGGCUAUUAGACAUCUAGUUUUUUUUUUUUUUUAGACCUAAUUCAACCGUCUAGAUUCUGUAUAUUUUUAGACGGAAUUCAGACGUUGCACUUUAACCCAUUAUUCAAUAACUAUGUAUUUCAAAAAGCAACUGUGAGUUGCAUAUCUGAUCUCCAAGUACUUAACCAAAAUAGUUAUGAUAGUCAUUGAGAAAUUUACAGUGUGGUAUAGAUAUAGCUCAGAUUUAGACUUGGUCUAAAUGUAGACAUCUAAAAACACUUUCAUUUUUAGACCUGUGGUAGCUUGAUUUUAGACCAGUCGUCCAGGCUACAUUUAGACGUUUAUUAGACCUCUUUUAGACCAAAAAAUGCUCAGUAAUAGGAACAAAAAUCCUUGUAUUCUGUGAAUAAUGACCCUGAACAAUAGUUUGUGACAAAUACAAUCUUAGCUCUAUAAAAGAUGAGUCACUGCUGAAAGUUUUGAUUAAAACAGCAUUUGCAAAUCCACAAAGACAGCAUUUCAAAUCUCUAAAAACGUAUUUGUUUUGUUUAAUUGGAAAUAGGAUUAUUAAAAAGAGAGAAUGGAAAAACCAAGGAGGAACAGUGAGAGCAGUUUGGCAGUCAAAGCUACAUAAACAUUUAAAUAGGACCAUAAGAAGAGCAGAUUAACUUCUCAGUGUGACCAGAAGGUGGCAGUAUUAACCCCUUGGUGCAGAAAUUCCUCCCUCUAGUUGUGCAUUAUUUGUCAUUUACAGUCAGUUGUGUAUUCUCUGGUUGUGUGUAGUAAGUUAUUUCCUGUGAGUACAGUGUGGCAUUAUCUGGUUGUGUGUAGUGUGUUAUUCACCAGUUGUGCACAGUGUGUGUAAAGUGUGUGUGUGUCCCUCUGUCCUCAGCUCGCUGCCUUCACACAGAGGCGUCUCCUAUGAGGAUCUGUUCGGCGCCCUGCAGAGGUACAGCUCCUGUCAGCAGAGGCUCGGACAGUGAGGAGAACGCUGUCUCAGGUGUGGACAGGUGUGGAGGAGGUGUGGACAGGCGUGUCCUCACUGAAUCUCCAACACACACAUGUACACACACACAGAGAAAGACACACAAACAGCAGACUUUCUGGACUCAUAAUGAGCUCACAUUCCAGGAUGAUGGAAAGGAGCAGACGGAGACAGACCGAGCUCUGUCCUCUCACGUCCUGUUUGUCCCGCAGACUCCAGCUGCUGCUUCCUGCUGAGGACACACACACCCUUACAUCACAAUGGAGGACACACACAAAGAGCUCACACAGCUGUGUGUGUUGAAGGACAGCUCCUCUGAGCUCAGACUGAGAUUCGAUGAAGUGUAAAUACGAGGAGAUGAUUCUGUGGCUUUGUGUUCGUCUCUGUGGACUCCAGCUUACAGUCAUGUGUCCAUGUGUUCAUGUGUCCAUGUGUUCAUAUGUGGUGUUGCUGCAGACGUCCUGUGAGACUGAUCGAGCUCUGAAUAAACUGAUGCACUGUCUGAGUGUGUGAGUUUGAACUGUUAACAGACUCAUGGAUUUAUCUUUGAAAGGGAUGGACUUCUCUUUUCAUUCAUCCUUCAACAUGAUUUACGGUCAACAGAACUUUUACGAACAAGGAAAUCUAUCUGAAUUUGCCUUCUUACUUCUCAAAUUACAGCAUAUUUUGUGUUAUGUUUGAGCAGUGGUUCUCAAGUCCAGUCCUCGAGGCCCACUGUCCUGCAUGUGUUGGAUGUUUCCCUGCUCCAACACACCUGAUUCAAAUCAUCAGCUCUUUAUCAAGCUCUGUAAUGGCUUAAUAACGAGCUGAUCAUUUGAAUCAGGUGUGCUUGAGCAGGGAAACAUCCAAAACAUACAGGACAGUGGGCCUCGAGGACUGGACUUGAAAACCACUGGUCUGAGGAAACAACCCAAACUCUAGCCAGUAAAAAUACCAAAAGCAUCUCAAUCAUUUUAUUCUUUUUCUUCAAUAAGUCUCAGUCUGUGAAGCAGAAAAACAAAACAACUCUAAAUGCCAUUAAGAAUAAAUGAUAACAUGUAUGAAAGUCA